CCGGUCCCGCUACCAUCACUAGCAUAAUUUCAAAGGCAUUUGGUGUUGUGUACUUGAUUUUUGUUAAUUUGCAACAAAUCUCGUGCGCAAAUUGUGCACAAAGACAAUGGUGAAAUUAACAAAAGCGCGCAGUAAGGAGCGCACCAACGACGCCGAGACACCGUCGCCGACCAAAGCCAGUGAUGAUGAUGUGCGCAAAGUAAAAUCAGCCAAGCUGGCGAAGAAGAAGAAGCAGCAUACCGAAAGUCGGCAACGAAGUGAAACGCGCCAACGCAAAGCAACAGCACGCGACAGCUCCACAUCCAGCUCCGCUUCCAGCAGCAGUAACAGCAGCAGCAGCAGCAGUAGCAGUAGCAGCUCCAGUAAUAGUAGCAAUAGCAGUAGAAGUAACGCCGGCGGCAGCAGCAGCAAAAACAAAGUCUCGGCCAGCAAGAGACCGAAAACAAGCAAAGACGAAUCACCCAAAACAAAAGAGAAGUCGCCGAUAGAAAGCAAGGUGCAAGAGCAGCGCUCCAAAUGGGACAGUCCCGAACGAGGCGGCGGCGGCGGCGCCAGUAAAAAUACCAAACAGAUGCGCAAACGAAGUCGCAGUCGUGAAAGGGAACGAGAUGUGGACAAGGAAAGGGAGCGAGAGCGCGACCGGGACAGGGAACGAGAGCGGCAAAGGGACAGAGAGCGGGAGCGUGACAGGGAUAGGGAACGUGACAGAGACAGGGAACGCGAGCGGGAACGUGAUCGGGAUAGAGACCGAGAUCGUGAUCAAAUGCGGCGAGGACGCGACCGAGAUCGUGAAAGGGAACGCAGCCGGGAACGUCGCCAGCAGCAGCGGCUGCGCAGUCAGGAGCGUCGUGAUCGUCCACGUCGCUCGCCCGAAGCAAGACGACGUAGUCGCAGCCGUAGUCGCAGUCCGCGAGAUCGCUCCUAUAGAGGUGGCGGUGGAAGAGAAGGAGGUGGAGGACGUCGGCAGCAGCAACAGCAGCGCAAUAAUCGCGAUGAGGAGCAUUUUGAGUGGGGCAAGCCAAACAACGACAAGGACAACAAAAAGUCCAAUGAUGAUGAGAACAACGACGAGCCCGUCGACAAAGAGAAACCCAACUUUGGACUGAGCGGCGCCCUCACCGAGGACACCAAUAAAGUGAAUGGUAUUGUGGUGAAGUAUUCAGAGCCACCCGAGGCACGCAAACCAAAGCGACGCUGGCGCUUGUAUCCGUUCAAAGGUGAAACCGCGUUGCCCACAUUGCACAUACAUCGACAGAGUUGCUUUUUGGUUGGACGCGAUCGCAAAGUUGUCGAUCUUGCUGUGGAUCAUCCGAGUUGUUCCAAGCAGCAUGCGGCGCUCCAAUAUCGUCUGGUGCCGUUUGAACGUGACGAUGGCAGCCAAGGGAAACGUGUGCGUUUGUAUCUCAUCGAUUUGGAGUCGGCGAAUGGGACGUUUUUGAAUAACAAGAAGAUCGACGGGCGCAAAUAUUACGAACUGAUGGAGAAGGAUGUGAUCAAGUUCGGCUUCAGUUCCCGUGAAUAUGUGCUGUUGCAUGAGAACAGCAAGGAGGAUCAAGAGGAUGAUGAUGUGCAUAUCAAAGAGGAGCCAUUGGAUGAGCAGCAGCAGACGCAAAUCAACACAAACGAUGCACAGCAAUGAAAGAGAGAGAGAGAGA